AUGAAGACUCGAUCAGCUCCAGCCUCAAAAUCGGCAAAGAAGUCCGAACCCGAAGAGUCGAAGGUUAAAACCCUCGUUUCAGCAGAGAAACCGAGCAAAACGUUCAUUCUUCCAUCCACUGCGAGCGACAAUGCGCGACUCGUCUCUCUGCCUGAUCCCCAGUCGGGAGAAGUAACCCGUUACUUCUUCUGCCCGGACCGCGGUGUAUAUGAGUUCACUGUCGUUGCGCCGCCAACGCAUAUGGCGCGGAGCAUUCUGUUCACCCCUCGCACGAGCGCAACGAGUCCGUCGGAAGAAGAUAAGGAAAACCCGCAGCCAUCUGUGCAAGGCUCAAUUACGAAGAAGGCAGAGCUGCUGAUAGCAACACCGAUUGAUGUCAUAUUCUUCAUGAUACCAUUGUUGGCGCCUUCCUCGAAAUCCGGCCAUUCUCUUUUCCAGCCGUUGGAUGAUAUCAUUGACUCGCACGACGAUAUGCCUAAGCAUCUGCGCCAGAUCCUUUACGAUGAUGUUUUCCGGAGCUCCCUCCUCGCACGGGUGGAAGCUAUCUGUGACGUGGUGGAGGCUGGCGAUGAGAACAUGUUCCGGUUCAAUGAGACGAAACUUACUAAGGAAUUGGUUGCAAAGGCAGAACGUAUGGCAGACCAUGGACUUCCUAUGAGUCUGGAGGAGCGCUUUGUCCGUCAAGCGCUAGCCACUCCCUUGAUGGCGGUGAAGCGAGACGAUAUUGUGAUCAGCCAGCCAUCAAACGAGAGCGAGGAAUCGGCUUCGAAAUCUGAGGAUCGGCAAGAUUCCCCCUCGACUGUCGCCACAACUACGACUUCAUCAGUUGCAACACCCGUAGGAGAAUCGACACCUGUGCCACAGCCACCAAGCGAAGAGUUCGCGUGUUCAGAUCACAUCACUCGGCUACUCCGCAUUUCCACAGCUCUAUCAUUCAUAAAGGAGUCAUAUCUGUCUCCUGCCAUGGCCACAAAGAUAAAUGAGAUCCUCCCUUCUGCAGAGAGCCCGAUCGAUUUCAAGCCUUUAACGGACCGUCUCGAGGAGAUUGCAAAGCUUCGUGCUCAAGCUCUUGCUUCCCGCGAUAUGUCCAACUUUACUCGCAAACGAAAUCUCGAUGACGAAGAAGACGAUAUUCGAGCUGAAAAGAAACGCCGCAAGGAAGAGGAGACAAAGUCAAAAGCUGCCGAAUCCCAUGCAGUAAGGAGUCUGAAGAAGGUCAACACGAAAGGGAUGCAAAAGAUGAGCUCUUUCUUCGCCAAAGCCGCCCCCAAGAAAACCUGA